AUGGCAGUCCAUUUCCGUCGAAACUUCAGGAUACAGGAAGUGUCGCGAGAGUUGGAGCAGCAGCCAAUCAGAGCGCUGCGCCAACUCGCGGGGCGAACAAGGCGUGCUGUUUGGGCGGGUGUGAGGCGCAGGCAGCCAUCUUUAGUAUGGGCAACGUGACUUUACCCUUAAUAUGCAAGAAAAGGCUGGUUUUGUUUCCCGUCUCUUUUAGUGUACCGGCUGAGCUGUGACUUGGGGGAGUUUUUUAUCUGCUUCCGUUGGCAAUUUGAUCCCCAGCCUCCUUUUGCUGGAGCUCAGUAAGUGGCGGGGUUUGCAUAAAGUGAGAUUGCAUGGGGGUUUUUUUGCGGGGGGGGCGGCUAAUAGCAUUGCAAAGCUAUUAAGGGCUUUAAUAAUAAUAUUAUUAUUAAUAAUAAAUUUUUAUUUAUACCCCGCCCUCCCCAGCCAAUUCCAGGCUCAGGGCGGCUAACAACCAAUAAUAAAAAAAAGUUGAUUAAAAUACAAUUUAAAGCUAUUAAGGGCUUUGCAGUGCUCAGAAGUGACUGCAUGGUAUUUGUUUAUUUAUCAAUAAGGGUGCGUGUUGCUAAUCAGUCUGUGUGGUGGUGGUGGUGUUUUUUACCCCCCCCCCCGAAUUUAUUUAAAAUUUCAGCCUCGUUGCAAGACCAGCAUGCAGGAGGAUGUGGGGGCAGAGAAACCGCGAGCAUCUCUGUCUCUUGGGUGCACGUGCCUGUGUUUAUUUAUAUGUUUGCUUCUGGUUCCUUCCCUCCAUCCACAAUCGAAACGGAGAGAGAAAUAAAGAGUCAAAACUGCAAAGCUUGGGUUGGGAGUAUUAAUCAAGAAGUGGCACUAAAAGCAGAACGCCUGCGGUACACACAGACACAAACGACACACACCAUUCGGAAGCCUGUACCAAACACGAAAGCUUAUACCUAAAACGACUCAGUUGGUCUGUAAGGUGCUACAUUACAAUUUUUAAAUUCUUUUGGAAGGAUUCUUUUAAAUACUUUGUUAUUACUUUUUUGAAGACUUGAUUCUUUUAAGGGAGUUUUUAGGUCUUUUUAACUAUCUUUUUAAAGAAUUGUUUUAAUUUAUUUUGACUACCAGGGGUCAGCAAACGUUUUCAGCAGGGGGCCGGUCCACUGUCCCUCAGACCUUGCGGGGGGCCAGACUAUAUUUUUUGGGGGGAAAUGAACAAAUUCCUAUGCCCCACAAAUAACCCAGAGAUGCAUUUGAAUCAAAAGGACACAUUCUACUCAUGUAAAAACAUGCUGAUUCCCAGACCGCUCAGGGGCCGGAUUUAGAAGGCAAUUGGGCCAGAUCCGGCCCCCGGGCCUUAGUUUGCUUACCCAUGACAGCAGACCAGCACGGCUACCUACUUGAAUCUAGUAUCAUUUCCCAGUAAUCUUUCUUUUCCUUUUCCAAUAAAUCAGUGUAUGCCUUUUAUGAAAUGAAUAAAUAAAUCUACUAUUAAGUAGUUAAUUCGUUCUGGAGGUCUGUUCUUAACCUGAAACUGUUCUUAACCUGAAGCACCACUUUAGCUAAUGGGGCCUCCAGCAGCUGCCGCGCUGCCGGAGCACAAUCUCUGUUCUCAUCCUGAAGCAAAGUUCUUAAUCCGAGGUACUAUUUCUGGGUUAGCGGAGUCCGUAACCUGAAGCGUCUGUAACUCGAGGUACCACUGCAUUAUAAUUUCCCAGUAAUCUUUCUUUUCCUUUUCCAAUAAAUCAGUGUAUGCCUUUUAUGAAAUGAAUAAAUAAAUAUGCCACCUCCAUAUAUCCUCUGCCCCAUCUUCGCCAGGUGCCUGGAACUCAUGGAUGCCGGGCGCACCCCUCCUAAAACCCGCCCCCGGAAGAAGAGGAAGAAGGUGGCGGUCCGGCCGGGCAAGCCGAGGCGCCCCCAGGCCCGCUCCGCUGCCGCCGACGUGGACGUCUUCCGCUGCGCCGUCUGCGAGAAGGACAUCAAGUACCUGACGAACUUCCGCGAGCAUCAGCGCAUCCACACGGGCGAACGCCCCUACCAAUGCAAGCGCUGCGCCAAGACCUUCACCCGCUGCGCUGACCUCAUCAAGCACCGUUUGGUGCACUCCGCCAAGCGGCCCUUCCGCUGCCGGACCUGCGGGAAGCGCUUCAAGCUGCGGGCCGACCUAGACAAGCACGGCAAGGUGCACUCGGACGAGGCUCCCUUCCCCUGCCACCUGUGCCCGAAGCGCUUCAAGCGCACCUCCUGCCUGGUGAAGCACCUGCGCAUCCACACGCAGGAGAAGCCCUUCGCCUGCGCCCACUGCGCCCGGCGCUUCAAGUGGGAGGCCUCGGUCAAGGAGCACGAGCGGGUGCACACGGGCGAGCGGCCGCACCGCUGCGGCGAGUGCGCCAAGGCCUUCACCCACCGCUCCACCUUCCUGCAGCACCGGCGCACCCACCAGGCGCAGCCGGCCUUCGGCUGCGAGCAGUGCUCCAAGGCCUUCAACCACAAGUCCAACCUUUUAAAGCACAUGCGGAACGUGCACACUGUUAACGGAGAAAUCUGAGGGCUCCCUUGGACAAAAAGGAAGGACGCCAGCCAGGAAUAGCAGAGCAAAACGGCACCUAGACUGGUGACUGGGAGCGGCCACCGGGACCACAUAACACUGGUCCUGAGAGACCUGCAUUGGCUCCCAGUACUUUUCCGAGCACAAUUCAAAGUGUUGGUGCUGACCUUGAAAGCCCUAAAUGGCCUUGGUCCUGUAUCCCUGAAGGAACGUCUCCACCCCCGUUGUUCAGCCCGGACACUGAGGUCCAGCUCCGAGGGCCUUCUGGCGGUUCCCUCCCUGCGAGAAGCCAAGUUACAGGGAACCAGGCAGAGGGCCUUCUUGGUAGUGGCGCCCGCCAUGUGGAAUGCCCUCCCUUCAGAUGUGAAGGAAAUAAGCAGCUAUCUUCUUUUUAAAAGACAUCUGAAGGCAGCCCUGUUUAGGGAAGUUUUUAAUAUUUAAUGCUGUAUUGUUUUUAACACUUGAUUGGAAGCCGCCCAGAGUGGCUGGGGAAACUCAGCCAGAUGGGCGGGGUAUAAAUAAUAAAUUAAUAUUAUUAUUAUAAAACAGCAGCCGGUAGGCUUGGUCUUUAUUGAAGACUGUCGCGACAGGAUUCCCACCUGCCACCAGGUGGAACAAGAUAGGAGCCCCGAACGAAAGAGAACCCAAACUUUUAUUAGCUGCUAAUCCCCAUGUUAAAUUAAAGAUAAAGGAACCCCUGACUGUUAGGUCCAGUCGUGGCCGACUCUGGGGUUGCGGCGCUCAUCUCGCUUUAUUGGCCGAGGGAGCCGGCGUACAGCUUCCGGGUCAUGUGGCCAGCAGGACUAAGCCGCUUCUGGCGAACCAGAGCAGCGCACGAAAACGGCGUUUACCUUCCCGCCGGAGCGGUACCUAUUGAUCUACUUGCACUUUGAUGUGCUUUCGAACUGCUAGGUGGGCAGGAGCAGGGACAGAGCAAUGGGAGCGGGAUUUGAACCGCCAGCCUUCUGAUCGGCAAGUCCUAGGCUCUGUGGUUUAGACCCCAGCGCCACCCGGGUCCCAAGAGAAGUCAUAGAACCGCUCUAUUCUGCCUUGGUCAGACCACACCUGGAAUAUUUUGUCCCAUUCUGGAUGACACGAUUUAAAAAGGAUGUUGACAAGUUGGAAGGUGUGCAGAGGAGGGCGACAGAGAUGAUCGAAGGUCUGGAAGUAAUCCUGAUUAGGAACGGUUGAGGGGACUGGCCAUGUUUAGCCUGGGGAAGGGGAGACAGGUGAUGGGAUAGCCGUCUCCAAAUAUCUGAAGGGCGGUCACAAGACAGGUGGAGAAAGCUUGCUUUCUGCUGCUCCAGAGGGUAAGAACCGAACCAAUGGCUUCAAACUAUAAGGAAAGCGAUUCCGUCUAAAUGAACUUUCUGAUGGCAAGAGCUGUAAAAUUCAUGUUAAAUUGCUGCUCUAGGGGUUGUUUUUAAAAGUCUGGAACCGAUUAAUCCAUUUUGCAUUACUUCGCUGCGAGAAGCCAAGUUACAGGGAACCAGGCAGAGGGCCUUCUCGGUGGUGGCGCCCGCCCUGUGGAAUGCCCUCCCACCAGAUGUCAAAGAGAAAAAGAACUACCAAACUUUUAGAAGACACCUGAAGGCAGCCCUGUUUAGGGAAGCUUUUAAUGUUUAAUAGGUUAUUGUAUUUUAGUGUUUUGUUGGAAGCUGCCCAGAUUGGCUGGGGAAACCCAGCCAGAUGGGCGGGAUAUAAAUAAAUUAUUAUUAUUAUUAUUAUUAUUAUUAUUAUUAUUAUUAUUACAGGGGUCAGCAAACUUUUUCAGCAGGGGGACUUUCCACUGUUUCUCAGACCUUAUGGGGGGCCAGACUAUAUUUUCAAAAAUGUUUUAUUUAAACAGAGAUGCAGUUUAAAUAAAAGCACACAUUCUACUCAUGUAAAAACACCAGGCAGGCCCCACAAAUAACCCAGAGAUGCAUUUUAAAUAAAAGGACACAUUCUAUUCAUGUGAAAACACGCUGAUUCCCGGACUGUCCACGGGCCGGAUUCAGAAGGCCAUUGGGCUGGAUCCGGCCCCCGGGCCGUAGUUUGCCUACCCAUGAAACAGAACAGCCUAUCUCAACCUGUGGGUUCCAGAUGUUGUUGAACUACAACUCCCAUCAUCCCUAGCUAGCAAGGCCAGAGCUCAGGGAUGAUGGGAGUUGUAGUCCAACAACAUCUGGGGACCCGCAGGUUGAGAACCGCUGAAAUAGAAGAAGCUGUCCUCUUAAGCAGUUGAGGAAUCCCGUCUUCCCACGAUAGAUGGGGCUGCUUUAGGCUUAAGGUUCGUUAAGAUCACACAAAGCAGACGUGAUGUGGAAAAGAACCCCGUUUAAUUACAGCAGUGGUAAUCUGUACAGAAAACAACAAUUGUAUGUACAAUAGAUAGGGCUUAUAUACAAAGCAAUCCGUUUAGGAUGUGGCUGCGGUUGACAAAGGCAUUUCUGGAUGAACUCACUUGAUGGGAGCAAUGAUUUGCCUGGCGCCCGCCCUCUCCACAGGCGAUGUCCCCUUCCUCUGCUGUUUUAAGCCCAGAGAGACUUCCCCUGACUGUGGAGGUUCCAUCACUAGCAAAUUGA